AUGGCCGGCGGCGAGGAUCCCUUUGCUUUCCUAGCAACUGAACCACCCCCAAAACCACUCGAGCCAACCAAGUCAAUUAGGCGGCUAAACUGGGGCCGUGAACAGAAAUCCGGUGACCAGAAAACUGGCGAACCGAAGACGAAAUGGCGCGAAAAGCUAUUCUCAAAGGAUCGGGACGCCAAACAAGCGGAGGCAACUGAACGAGAGCUGGACGACUUCCUGGGGAGCAAUCGCCCCAGGCCCUUACCCGAAUCACCAGCUGUAUCUUCUGUUACUAAUACCGUCCUCGAACCCACAACUUCGCCGCGACGAGACUUGCCUACGCCAUCGUCUCCCCCCAAACAGAAUGCCGCUCUUUCGACACCGGCUAGCCCGCCAAAACAACGGCACCGCCGCCGCAAAGGACUGCGGGUGACGUUCAGCGAACUUCCACCAGAUGUAAUGGGUGAAGGUGGAGAUGAGUCAGAGGAACCCACGGUGGAAAUCUCUCGCAGGAAGAGUCGACCUAGAACAAAUGAGCCCGAAUCACAGAGCGACGAUCAAUAUGAAGACCUUCAGCAUCGCCGUCCAACUCUACCUGAGCUACAUUUGGAUACAUCGUUUGCCAAUGCCAGCCCCCCGACUGCAAAAUCGGAGAAGAGACCGGAAUGGAAGCCUCUUCUCUUGAGCCCGCAAGACCAUGACUUCCUCAUGUCGUUGAAUGGAGGCGAACCAGGGUCGAGAUUGUCUCUGCGAGCGUCUCCCGAUUCAAGGUCCUUUGCGCAGAGGGUAAAUGCAAGGAUGCAGGCGGAAGAAGGCCUUGCAUUACAGCAUCGUCUACCACAAGAGGAACCAGCCUCGCCGGUUGACGCAAACGACGAAACUCCACGCCGACAGCCGCAAGAGGUGACGCUGCCUACUCCAUCAUUCAACUCGCAGCGGUCCCCGGUUUCCCAACAAUCGUUGACCGUUGAUGAGGGAACACCUACUUUAUCACUUCGGACUAGCCCUGUACCGGCCGUGCAUGAACAAAUCAAGGCGCUUCGACGCGAAGAUGUGCCUGAAAUUCUGUCCCCCGGAGGGAGCUCUGCGAGUAGCCUUUCACCACGCUCGGAUGAAUUCAAGCCGACAUUUCCUACCUCAGAAACAUCACGCCAUCGUCCUCCCCCUUCCUCGCCACCUCGUCAACCAUCUUCAACCACACGAAUGACAGUAGAGCCACCGAAAACGACCGUGGCUGCUCCUGCUGCUCCUGCACCGCGUGCCGCCAAGAUGACUCUUCGAUCGGUAGCCAAUGCCAUGGGAGACAACGCCUACCAGGAAUUCACUAGUUUUGUGGAAAGGUAUGGCAGUCUGUACCGUCUGGCCGCGGAAAACCUAAAGCCCCUGAUGGAGACGUCUUUUGCGGAAUGGGUAAGGGCAUCUACGUGGUGGUUUCUCCGAGGUCGUUCUGGGUUGGAAUCAGCUGUACGAGCAGGACGCUCUUCAGAUACCCAGGAAGCUAGGCAGGCAGUAGUUGAUCUUGGGAAAGCAUGGUGGGUCUCUACACAGAUUGUGCCAAUGCACCCUGAGGUGACCCGCUAUGGCAAGAUGAGCAUGGAUGCUCUGUUAGCCGUGGUCAAUACUACGGGAGACCAUAGUAUGGCUGCUUUGAUCAAUCAGCACCAAAAGGUGUUGAAUCAUCUACGUGCAUUGACUGUGUCCAUGAAGCGAAACCAAAUCCUAUCGGCUUUAGACUCGCCUUCACAAGUAAACAACCACCCAGCAGAUACAAACAUCUGGGUAAGGUAUCCGUUCUUUGCGCCUGAUGUCGCUGCUGUAUUCUCAGGUUCCAACAGACGGUCUAUGUUAAUUGACACCUCUUCCCCAUUGGUCUACACCCCCGAAAUGAUGGUAUUGGGAGAUACCAGUCGCUAUUUUAGCUAUGGGACCAUGUUUGUUGAGGCUUCCUUGGUUGGAGAUGAGGAUGAUGAUAGCCCGCAAUAUGCUAUACAAUGCGUACUCUCAAUCAAGCGAGACCGAUCUGAUUGGUACGUACUCGCGGGGAUCUCUAGUCAAAGCGAGUUGGUCAAUAUUAGCAUCCAGAAUGAUCGGAAAAACGGGCCAACAUGGGAUGAUGUCCAUUGGCAAGUAAAAACUCGCACAAUGACCGUGAAGCUUCGACGUGGCUUUGAACUGAAUGUGGCCUUCCAGGAGAAGGAUUAUAAAAUGCUUUGGAACAUCGUUCAAUACACGCUCAAGACAGAGGCCAGCUUGCAGCCGGACUCUGGCGAGAAGAAGAUUUUCAGUGAUACUUUGAAAACGUUCCAGUACAUGGACUCAGGCACACCGAAGGCUUUUCCCUCCGAACCCGCACCUCUUUGUCGAAUGGCGCUUUUUGAGAAGUCUGCUACUUGGACAGAGGGUACAGGCACCCGUAAAGCUCACCGGGGUUUUCGAAUCGCAUUCGUUACCAGUUCUCAAACGAAGACGCUUAGCAGCGUGCAACACACCCUGGGCCACGGAGCUCCUAUUGUAUUUGGCUAUCUUCGAGGUGAAAGCGGAUCCCCUGCCUUGCUGCUUAAAUUGAAAGAAGAUUCAAGACCGCGCUCGAUGGUAUUAACUUUCGACCGAAUUGAACAACGAACCCUAUUGCAUUCUCUCUUACUCGGCAUGCUCGCAGAUAAGAAUGAGUUUACUUCCCCUAAUCUCCCGACCCGUUCUUUCUCAAUCAUUGAGGCUAGUGGUCCUGUGCCUGGGGCGCCAGGUAUCUCUCACCUCAAGUUCAAUGCGGGAUCUGUCUCUCUUAUCGACAUUGAUCCAGCGUUCUUGGACCCUACUUUUCGGCAUUAUGUUUUGUCCGAGAAUCUUCGGACUUUGGUCAGUACUGACUGGGGGACUGUCACAGAUCGCAUAAACCUGGCCCCUGGCGAGAUGAAAAUUGGGCUGGAUACCAAUUGCCAGACUGCUUUCUAUAUGUACCGCGAAAAGCAAGAAGACAUGACUGUGGCUAUUGCGGAGAAUCUAGUGGAAAAGGAUCUCCCGGAUCGCUUGACGCAAUUUUUGGAGGCUGCUAAGACUAAACCUAUGGUCCGUCGUUACGAAUUCGACACCCUUGAAACUCUACAUUCUUUUCAACUGCUUGUGACGGGAUUCAAGGUCAUUUACGAUAGCGUAGCGACGAGUUUCGCCAUUUCUCGACGACGCAUGGUGGUGCCAAUCCAUAAAAAGUGGGAAGCCAGCGGUGUACGACUACAAUUGCUGUCCCAAAACAGAAGUGUGCAAUUGGCGGUUUUCUUUGGCAACGACUUCAGCCACGGCAGGUGUAUGAACUUCGUGGUGAGAGGGACCGACAACUACGAGACUUCCAACCGUUCUGGGAAGUUUACAGUUCGGUUUGUGGAUGCAAAAUUCGCGCUUCCUCUGAAGCCUGAGGAAGAGGGAUCCGCGUUCGUCUGCCUAGAACUACUGGAGUAUGCGACCGAGCAUGAUGAUAUUACUAUUGGGUUUGAAUCCGAACAAGCUACUUCCACCAUGGCGCCUCCAUCGGCCAAACCAUCUACACUCGCGGUCCAUGCAGACGACAUUGUUAACAAUGUCACUGAUGUUGCGCCUCCAAUUCAUCUGUCAACAACUUUCAGAUAUAACGACGAUCCCGAUAAAUUGAUUCCGGCUGCGGAUAUCCAAGGCGAUGCUGGCGUGUAUGACUUCCCGCCGGUAUACUCUCGUCUAACAUCGCCGAAUUCCACUCGGUUUGAAGCGAUUCUCUCAUCUUUGCUAAAGGGCAAUGCUCUGGCAUAUGGGUCAGGACUGGCAGCAUUGAAUGCCGCCUUAGUGCUGCUAAACCCGAAACAAAUAUCAAUUGGAGAGAAUUACCAUGGAUGUCACGGCGUCAUCGAUAUAUUUAACAGGCUUACCGGCCUGAAGAAAUUGGACUUGGGUUGUUCUGCGGAGGAUCUACACGCAGGAGACGUCAUCUUACUGGAAACCCCUCUUAACCCUCAUGGAACAGCAUUUGAUAUCGAGCACUACGCAGCCAAGGCGCAUUCUCGCGGUGCAUUUCUCAUUGUGGAUAGUACAUUCGGCCCACCUGGACUGCAAGACCCAUUCGAUUUCGGCGCUGAUAUCGUUAUGCAUUCCGGAUCGAAAUAUUUCGGAGGCCACAGUGAUUUACUCUGCGGAGUGCUAGCCACGAAGCGCAAAGAUUGGUUUGACCAACUAGUUGCGCAGCGUGUGUAUCUGGGCAACAACAUGGGUAACCUGGAAAGCUGGCUCGGCGUUCGCAGUCUGCGUACUCUCGAACUGCGCGUUCAACGCGCAAGCCAAAAUGCCACCAAUCUCGUCUCUUUCCUCCAGUCCGCUCUAACACAAACAAGUCAAGUGGACAGUGACGCACAAGCUGUUGUCUCAAAGGUGUUGGCUGAAGUCAGACAUGCCAGUCUUCAGACAGAACCCUGGGUCAAAAAGCAAAUGCCCAAUGGCUAUGGCCCUGUGUUUUCGAUUAUCUUGAAAGACGCAGAAUUCGCCAGGAGAUUGCCCAGCAAACUGCAUUAUUUCCAUCAUGCGACGAGCCUGGGAGGCGUGGAAAGUCUGAUUGAGUGGCGGGCCAUGUCGGAUAGCCGCGUUGAUCGACGCUUGUUGAGAGUCAGUGUAGGCGUUGAGAAUUGGGAGGAUUUGAGGGAUGAUUUUGUCGCGGCUUUUAAAGCUUUGCUUUCCGAUUCAGAUGGGAAGUAA